AUGUCUUCCAAGGCAAAGCUAGCGUUUGGUGUGGAAUUUGAGUUGCUUCUCAAGCCGAGCAGUACAACGCUUCUUGCUAGCCUCGAGAAAAGCUGUCCAGGUUGGGCUGAGAAACUGGAGGGCGCGAAAGCGGCCGAGAAGGCAGCGGAGGUCAAGGGUGACGCAGCAACUGUACGAAAGGCCAAGGAAGAAGUAGGGCGCCUACGGAACCUCUUCCGCGUGGAAAUCGCGAACACUCUUUCCCUCAUCUAUGAUGUAUCCGCGAGCACCCGAGCCUCAAACUUUCAAGUGUGGUCAGUAAUCGACGAACCCACCCUUGACGAGGUUCCGGGGUACUGCCGGGUAGAGUUCGUGUCCAAAGUCUUUCGCUCGGAUGAAGAUUGGCAGUUCGAGCUCGUCCAAGUCUUCAGGUUCCUGAAAGACUGGUGCUAUGUUCAGCGUACCCAAGGCUGCUCAAUGCAUGUCCACGUAUCCCCUUCCGCCGAGCAAAGAGGUCAAGAGGACAAAUGGACAACCCCGCAACUGAACAGCAUAAUCAAGGCUCUCUCUUACUUUGACAAUCCAAUCACUAGUAUCAUGCCCCCAGAGAGAAAGAACAACCCAUUCGCGGCGUCCAACAUGUUAUCCGACGAAGUUGCGAAGGGGAACCCAAAACUCAAAGCCCUAUAUGAACAAGUUCCUCAACAGAAAUGGCAGCCUCUAUUCGAAUACUAUGACACUGAAUUGAAGAGUGCCAUACACAGGACAAGAGCACAUCCUAUCAUGGGCUAUUGUCGCUAUGCUUCUUGGAAUUUCGAACACAUCACAAAUGCAUGUGGUACCAUUGAGUUCCGAAGAAGCCCCGCGGUUGCGACUGCGGGGUCAGCAACGCAUUGGGCGAGCUUUACUCUCGGUUUCAUUUAUGCUGCGGCCUGUCAGACGGAAUCAAGCUAUUGGCACGAAAAGUCUGGGACUAACACCCACCCUUCUGUCGGAGAUCUUGAUUCUUUCGUAAAGAAAGGUCUUCAUGGGUUGGAGGCCAUUAGCCGAGGAGGCUUGAGGAGCCUCAAGGCGGACACCAGUGAGCCGCGGCUUUGGUCAGCCGCCGAAAUGGCCGAUUUCUUGAAGAAGAAAGAGAAGCUGGGCAGCUGUGCUGAUCCUGAUUCUUUCGUCCAAAAGGUAUGCUCCUAA